AAUUCUUUGGGUGGUGUGUAUUUACUUAUUGUGUUUUGUAGAUGUACAUUUAAAAAUUCUUUUAAAAUGAAGAGACAACUAUAUAAAAUAAUAUAUUUGCUUCCCUAAUAUAUCUUACUGAAGUAAUAUCACUGAUACUCCCUUGGAUGUUAAAAUAAUACCUAUAUGGACUUAACCUCUGGACCAAUUGACAUUCCCAUGGUUGGGGGCUUGUUUCCAGCCAGGUGUAUUGAGAUCAGGAGAAACAUCAACGCACUGUUGGAAAAGUAGAAGUCCUUACUCAUUCUUGUAACAAGUAUAUGGAGUGGAGUAGGUAGACUGGGGAAGUAGAUUCUUCCCUUGGGAUUAUAGGAAUGUACAUUCUCUUAAUUUAUACUUUAAUUCAAGACAAAACCUUGGAGAAUUUCUACAUAUAUUGUUAUUAUUAAACUCUAUUUCUACAGUUUAAGUUCUUGUAAGCAAGUUCCAGAAGCAUGAUAAAUCUCAAGAUGAUAAUAUAUUUGCCUAUGUAAAUCAAAUAUAUUUGUAGUAAUCAGAUACUGGCAUUAUGAAACAAAACAGAAUCAGGAAAUCAUCCUAAUUUGUUUAUUUCUUUUUUCUUUAACUGCUGGUAAAUAGCAGCUAGGGGAAAAGUUUAUCAUUUGUUCUUGAUUAUGCUUCAAACUAUUCAUUGACUAGAUACUCUGUAAGUGUAUUCCCAAUCUGUAUUGGAAAACCAAAGAUUAACAACAACAGGUUGUAUCUGUAAGUUUAACAGGUAUCAUAGGGUGAUUUUCAAAAGCAUUUCCUCAUUUCUUAUUUAGAGGAGUGAGUCUGCUGGAGAUUCAUUCUGUUCAAAGCCUGGCUGUUGAUAAGUAUCUCCCUUAAAUAUUGCGGGUUUUUCUGAAAUCUCCUGCAGAUGGGAAGGUACAUGCCACCCCCGCAUCAGAUGUUUGAGGAGGAAGAAUGUACUAUUUAUUACAAAGAAAAUGGAGAAUUCUGGGGAGGAGAUUUUUGGAGACUCAUCUAAGAAAAAUUCCAAGUGAUGCUUUUUCCAAUCUCCCCAACAUCUCUAGGAUUUACAUCUCUAUAGAUGAAACGCUUCAGAGUCUGGAGGCCCAUUCCUUCAACAGUUUAAGCAAAGUCACUCACAUUGAAAUUCGAAAUCUUAGAAACUUGGAUUACAUAGAUCCAGAUGCCUUUAAGAACCUCCCACUUUUGAAAUACCUUGGUAUUUUUAAUACUGGACUCAAAGUAUUUCCAGACCUCAACAAAAUCUAUUCAUUUGAUGUGAAUUUUUUGCUUGAAAUUGCAGAUAAUCCUUAUAUGACUUCAGUGCCUGCAAAUGCUUUCCAUGGGCUUUGUAAUGAAUCUCUAACCCUUAAACUCUACAAUAAUGGUUUUACCAGUAUUCAAGGCCAUGCUUUUAAUGGGACAAAUCUGGAUGCUAUCUAUCUGCACAAGAACAAACACCUCAAAGUUAUCAAUGAUGAUGCAUUUCUGGGAGUGCACAGUGGACCAACUCUACUGGACGUCUCCAGAACAGCUGUAGCCAACCUUCCAGCCAAAGGAUUGGAAAGCCUGAAAGAACUAAUGGCCAAAAAUACGUGGACUUUAAAGAAAUUACCAGCUGUAAAGGUAUUUCUUCAGCUAAUACGAGCUGACCUAUCAUACCCAAGUCACUGCUGUGCUUUCAAGAGCUGGAAAAAAAAAAGUGGGAUCCUGGAGUACCUGAUGUGUAACCAGAGCAGCCACAGCUUUCAUAAGAGAUCAGUCAAGACUCUGAGAGACCCAUUUUACAAAGAUUAUGCAGAAGAAUACACAGACCACACCAAUGCUGUGUAUGACACAAACACCAAGUCCACAAGUUUUCAUGAAAAUCCCCAUUAUUACAUUUUUUUGGAGGAGCGUGGAGAAGGAAAUCUUGGCUUUGGCAAAGAGCUCAAGAACCCUCAAAUGGAAGAUGCCCAGACCUUUGACAGUGAUUAUGACUAUCCUGUCUGUGGAGGCAGUGAAGAUGUAAUAUGCACACCAGAGCCUGAUGAGUUUAAUCCCUGUGAAGAUAUAAUGGGAUAUCAGUUUCUGAGGAUUGUGGUGUGGUUUGUGAACCUGCUUGCCAUCCUAGGCAACAUUUUUGUCCUUUUCAUCCUUCUCACCAGCCAUUAUAAACUGACAGCACCUCGCUUUUUGAUGUGUAACUUGGCCUUUGCUGACUUUUGCAUGGGGUUAUACCUCCUUCUGAUCGCUUCAGUGGAUCUCUACACCAGGUCAGAGUACUAUAAUCAUGCCAUAGAGUGGCAGACCGGGCCUGGCUGCAACACAGCCGGCUUUUUCACGGUCUUUGCCAGCGAACUCUCUGUGUUCACCCUGACUGUGAUCACGCUGGAGCGCUGGUACGCCAUCACCUUUGCCAUGCGGCCCGACCGCAAGAUCCGCCUGCGGCACGCCGUGCUCGUCAUGCUGGGAGGGUGGCUCUCCUGCAUCCUGCUCGCCCUUUUGCCACUGGUUGGUGUCAGCAGCUACAGCAAAGUCAGCAUCUGCUUGCCUAUGGACACUGAAACACCAGUGGCCGAAGCCUACAUUGUCUUUGUUUUAAUAUGUAACAUUAUUGCUUUUGUCAUCAUUUGUGCCUGCUACAUAAAAAUCUACAUAACUGUGCGAAACCCCCAGUACAAGUCGGGGGACAAAGACACCAAAAUUGCCAAGAGGAUGGCUGUGUUGAUUUUCACAGACUUUCUGUGCAUGGCUCCCAUCUCCUUCCAUGCUUUAUCUGCCAUUAUGAACAAACCAUUGAUAACUGUCUCCAAUUCCAAGAUUUUGCUGGUACUUUUCUACCCACUCAAUUCUUGUGCCAACCCCUUUCUUUACGCUAUUUUCACCAAAGCUUUCCGCAGAGAUGUGUUUAUCCUGCUAAGCAAGUUUGGUAUAUGUGAGCAUCAGGCUCAAGUCUACAGAGGUCAGACAGUCUCAGCCAAAAACAGCAGCGGGUCUUACGGGCAGAGAAUCAGCCGAGGGAUAGGUCAGGUUCUUACAAGCAUUCAAGACCCAGUCAAUGAUUACCUUCCUGCUGUGACAAUGCAGAACCAAAUUCUCAUGGAAGAAUGCAAGCAAACUGAGCUCUAACAUCCCAAAAGUAUCACAGCCAAAACCUGAGCAAGAGGUGAUUGUGCAUACAGUGAAUCAAGUCAGAAGACAAUACUGUCCAUAUCCUUUUCCCCUGGGUUACGCUUGCUAUAGCUGAAAGUACCUCUGGAGUGGUCUUCUUUCAGACAAACCACUUACCUGAACCUCUUAUCUGUGCAGGACAAGACACAUGGUCCUGAUGAUAAUUCUAGAAGUAGAUGUGAAUGC